AAAUCCGCCACUGUCGGUGGGUCUCUUUUUCUGGAAGUUUCUAUCGCUGUUAUAUGUUGAUCCUCUUUCUUCCCACACAACAAAACCCUGCUUUUGUGUUUCAAAGCUGUAGAAUUUGUGAACUGAUUGGAGUAAAAUGUCUAAAUCAUUUUGGGGAAAAGAUCCGUUUGAUGACCCUUUCUUCACUGAGCCAUUUGAUACCCGUUUCGGGGGGUCGAGAAAGGAGAUAACCAUUGAGGAAUUGGACAACGAUGGCCGCGAUUCGGUUCCGGACACACAAGUUGCAGUCAGCAAAACACCAGCUCACCAACCUCAUGAUUCCAGUGGCUUUAGCUACCGGAGAGUCGCAUAUGGUGGUGUCAAUGGAGUGUACUACAGUUCUUCUAUUGGCCAAAGGACCGGUAGUGAUGGGACGGUUCUUCUGGAAAUCAAAGAAGAAGAUAAGACUGUGGGUCAAGCAAUGCAUACAAUCUCUAGAGGAAUACAAGAAAAGGGUCAUACAUUGACAAAAAGACGCGACCCAAAUGGCAAAGAGGAUUCCUUGCAAAUUUUACAUAACCUUAACGAGGAUGAACUAGACGGGUUUGAAGAAAAUUGGAAAGCCAAUGCAGACAAGUAUAUGCCCGGUUGGAAUGACGGGUUCAGUUCUCUUGAGAACUCAGGCAAUCGAUCAUUUAGUUACCAUAAACAAUUAAAGAUCAAGGCUCGAGGCUUACGGUCAAUUAGGAUGGGACGGUCAAGGGGCUUGGGAUGGGUGGGCACGGGCCCUGCCUUGGAUGGAUAUGUGGGGAACCGAAGGAGCAAUGGUGCCAACUGGCGAACCUGAACCCGAACCCUCUUCUGGUUCAUCGGCCACAAGGGUCAAAAAGGUUACGCCUAUUGAUAUCAUGUAGUUGAGUUAAAAACAAUAUAUGGUAUGUGUAUGUGGUUAGACAGGAUACCCAAAUAGUUGUGCAAGUGUUGGUGUCUUUUUUAUGUUAUCGGGUCUAGUAAGUAUCGACUCUUAGACACAUUAUAAGUUCUUGUCAUAUGACAUUGGUGUAUCAUCUUUACUAUAUAAUAAAAGAAACCACUUUAGGGACA